CUCCUGGAAACUCUGGGAUGGCAAUCCUUGUCUUCUGGCUGUACCGUCUUCUUCUCCACCUGCAGCUGACUCCACUGCUGGGACUCACAAGAGUGGUCGGGCGGAAUGCGGAGCUACAGGUGAUCCAGCCUGACAGGUUAGUGUCAGUGGCCGCAGGAGAGACGGCCACUCUGCGCUGCUCUGUGACCUCCCUGCUUCCUGUGGGCCCUGUCAAGUGGUUCCGGGAGAAACUGGGUGUCCGGGAUGAGAUCUACAACUUUGGAAGCAAAGGCCACAACCCCCGAGUGACCAAUGUUUCGGAUUACACCAAGAGAGACAACAUGGACUUUUCCAUCCGCAUCCGUGACAUCAGCCCGGCUGACACGGGCACCUUUUACUGUGGGAAGUUCCGGAAGGGGAAUGUGGAAGAUGUGAUGUUCAAGUCUGGACCAGGCACCCAGGUCACUGUGAGUGUACCAUAA